CCUGCGCCAGACUGAGGCGCCUGAGGCUCAGUGCGCCUGCGCCUUCGCCUUGGGGAUCGGUGGGUCGUGCGGAUUGAGCAGACUGUGGCUGCGAGUCCUGGGUUGGAAGGCGCGAGGCCUGGCCUUGAAGGGCUGCAGAUGGUGGCCUCAAGCCUGCCACGUCCUUGAGGGGCCCGCGGCAGCCCUGAGGGGCAAUUUCUUCGAAAAUGUCCUGCUUGACCACAAUUAUAACAUGUUUUUGGCCUGGCACCUAAAGCCUGUUGUACUCUCCGGUUACUGCAGCUGCCAAGACUUGCCCCUGCAUCACUGGUUCACCAAUAUCUCUACACAGUUUAAUGUAUGCAUUUAAGUCUUUAUAUUUACAAGGUCUAAUAGUCUCCCUACACCAUCUAUUGGCUUGUUCGUAGGCUAGUUGCUUUAUUAAUGGCAUCGCUUGUUCUACAUUCCCAAAGACUCUGCUUGCUGUUUGUAUAAGCCUAUCUACAAUCUCAGCUUAAGGUUCAUUAGCUCCUUGUAUUACCUUAGAUAAUUGACCUUGUAAAUCUCCUUGUCCUUGUAAAGUCUUCCAUGCCUUAACUGCAGCUGAAGCGAUUUGUGAGUAUAUGGCAGGAUCAAAUCUAGUUUGUUGCUGCUGAUCCUCAUAAGGUCCUUCUCCUAGCAACAUAUCUAGAUUUCUCUGUGGAUACCCAGCUGCUGCAUUUCCCUUGGCAGUCUCCAUACACAAUUCUUGAUUAGCAACUUUCUAUAACAGAUAUUGUCCUCCAUUUAGCACAGCCUUGCAUAUGCUAGCCCAAUCUGCUGGUGUCAAGUUAUAAUUUGCAAUGGACUCAACCAUGCUUAUGGUAAAAGGGGCUUGAGGACCAUAGGCUGCUACAGCUUCUUUUAACUGCUUUACAGUUUUAAAAUCCAAAGCCUGGUGAUAUCGCUGCCCUCUCUCAUCCUCAAGUACAGGGCAUGCUAAUCUUCAAGGUCCUGUCUCAGGAUCCCAUCUAUCAACUAUGGGGGUUGGGGGCCACCCAGCAUAUGUUGUCUCUAUAGGUGUAGCUGUUGGUUGAAUACUUACACCCUCUGGUGUUAGAAAGGUGUUAGUAGCAGCCUCCCGUUGUAACUCCUCCCCUGAUAGCCCUUCCUCCUCUAAACUUUCUUCUCCUGUCUGACUAGCUCGAGAGACUUCCUCUUUUACUUGAUCAAAGAUGUCUUCUUGACUAAGCAAACAGGAUCGUACCAACGUCCAUAAUGGUAAUGUGCCAACUGGCAGAGUUCCUGGGCUUUCCUUUUCUAUCUUUUUUAAAUCUUCACCAUGAUGGUCCCAUUGUGAUAUUAACAACUCCUCCUUAAAGAACCAUGGGCUACAUUUUUGUAUCGUAUCAACGUAUGCCCUAAUUAUUCUUGGUUUUACUGGGGGCCUCCUUCCUCUAGCAAUUUACUUAACACCCUUUCGGUUUGGUUUUAACUAACUUCUGAUCCCAUUUUUCCAUAACAAAGAUAAAACAAUCCACUAAGAUAACACAAAAUAAAACCGAAACAAAACGGAACAAAAACACACUGUAUCAACUUUUGUAUUUUCUUGAAAUGUGCAUCCGUUCUCUGGCCCUAUCUGUUCCUCAGGGCCGAUCAGCUUUUCUCCCAUCCUAUUUAUUUCUAGGGACAGGCAGCUUAAAAAUGAAAUGAAAAAAAAAAAAAUGAAACAAGAACACACUGUUUCUUGAAAUGGUCACCCAUCCUCUCGCCCUAUCCUCAGGGGCAAGCAGCCUUACCUUGUCACUUACUCCCAAGCGUCCUGGAGCUCCCCGUAUGGGCCACCAUAUGCCGCAGUCUAGCUGGGCAAAAUAACCAGGAGGUGACAAGCAACUUGAAGGUUGAAGUGGGAACUGCUUUAUUGUGGGGAAACUGAGCGGGAACUUAAGGUAGCGGGCACCCAAGGUAGCAGGAGCCGCUUUAUUGCAGGACACCAGAGGUGUAUAUAUACCUAACUGAUUACACACAGCUUGACUCAAUUAGCAUCAUCUAGAUACAGCAAGCAGCCAAAUAGGAAUCCCCACCAUCUAAAUGGCUCGGUGGUGUUGCUUCACAAACCACUCCUCCUGGCAAACUGCCAGGCGCCAUCUUGACUUGAUUUGCCAUCCCCAACACCGUGGGAAUUCUCCUACAUGAUUGGGUCUGCUCCUACACCAUGGGCUGCUCCUACACCAUCAGCCUGCUCCUACACCAUGGGCUACUCCUAUACCAUGGGCUACUCCUUUACCAUGGGCCUGCUACUACACCAUGGCCUGCUCCCACAGCAUGGCCUGCUCCUAUGCCAUGUGCUGCUCCUACACCAUGACCUGCUCCUACACCAUGUGCUGCUCCUACACCAUGGGCUACUCCUACACCAUCAGCCUGCUCCUACACCAUGGGCUACUCCUGCACCAUGUGCUGCUCCUGCACCAUGUGCUGCUCCUACACCAUCAGCCUGCUCCUACACCAUCAGCCUACUCCUACACCAUGUGCUGCUCCUACACCAUGGGCUACUCCUACACCAUCAGCCUGCUCCUACACCAUGGGCUACUCCUGCACCAUGUGCUGCUCCUACACCAUCAGCCUGCUCCUACACCAUGGGCUGCUCCUACACCAUGACCUGCUCCUACACCAUGGGCUGCUCCUACACCAUGGGCUGCUCCUACACCAUCAGCCUGCUCCUACACCAUGGGCUACUCCUAUACCAUGUGCUGCUCCUACACCAUCAGCCUGCUCCUACACCAUGGGCUGCUCCUACACCAUGGGCUACUCCUACACCAUCAGCCUGCUCCUACACCAUGGGCUGCUCCUACACCAUCGCCUGCUCCUACACCAUCAGCCUGCUCCUACACCAUGGGCUGCUCCUACACCAUGGGCUGCUCCUACACCAUGGACUGCUCCUACACCAUGACCUGCUCCCACACCAUGGGCUGCUCCUACACCAUGGCCUGCUCCCACACCAUGGGCUGCUCCCACACCAUGGCCUGCUCCCACACCAUGGCCUGCUCCCACACCAUGGGCUACUCCUACACCAUGGGCUGCUCCUACACCGUGGCCUGCUCCCACACCAUGGGCUGCUCCUACAUCAUGGGCUACUCCUACACCAUGGGCUGCUCCUACACCAUGGCCUGCUCCCACACCAUGGGCUGCUCCUACACCAUGGGCUACUCCCACACCAUGGGCUGCUCCCACACCAUGGGCUACUCCCACACCAUGACCUGCUCCUACACCAAUCCUGCUCCUACACCAUGGCCUGCUCCUAUACCAUGGGCUGCUCCUGCACCAUGGACUGCUCCUACACCAUGGGCUGCUCCCACACCAUGGGCUGCUCCUACACCAUGGGCUUCUCCCACACCAUGUGCUGCUCCUACACCAUGUCUUGCUCCCACACCUUGGGCUGCUCCUACAUCAUGGGCUGCUCCUACACCAUGACCUGCUCCUACACCAUGGUCUGCUCCUACACCGUGGGCUGCUCCUAUGAGAUGGGCCUUCUCCUGAGCCAUGGGCGUGCGUCUACACCAUGA